AUGAACUCAUGGCACAGAGUAAGCAGUCAACACAGAGGGAUGUAAUUCUUGUGAACUUGUUCCUACACAUUUAUUCUAAAGACAGGAAGCUUUAUAACCAAUACAAAAUACCAAACUAGAAUUUGAUAAUUCAAUGACAUUAGGGUUAAAAGGAAUGUUAGGGUUAAAACAAGGGGGUCAGGAACACCAGGGAUGAGAAACAAAAGGGUCUGCAGCUGGGUAUGGGAUAGCUGACCACAUAAUACAAAGGACAGAGCUCUUGGGAAAACGAAAGUCAGAGCCGCAGGCCCACUGGUUCCCACUCCCACGAAGGCCCCCUGAAGAGCACACACAAGCACUGUUGCCAUUUCCACAUGUCCUUGCUUCUAAUGCAGCUAAUUUGUCUGUAAGGACAAGCUUGCAGCUCCAUUUUGGUAGCUGUAGUAGAAGUAGCUUCCCACCAUGGUAAAACUUUAAGUUGGUCAUAUAAAUAUGAGAAUAAAAGCUCACUUAAUGGCUACCAGACCCCGACAAGGUCUACGGACCAGCAAUACCCGUGAUGUCAACACCAGACAAGGAUCAGAGUUAGUUGGCAGUCAAGGUUGGCAGCUGACCCAGCAGAAGUCCCGGAUGGGCAGAGGGGACAUCAACCACUCCCAACACCUCCCUGAUCAGGCCAGAAAAACAUGCAUAGAUGUCACUCCCUAACUGGCUGGGCCAUCAAUGAGCCCGGGGAAUUAACUAGCCUUAAUAGAAAUGACUUCAGUAGCUAUUUAGUUUCUGACUUGAGACCUAUAAAAAGCUCCUAGACUAGUUCGACAUCCUCUCUUGGUGUUCCUCCCACACUGGGGCGUUCCUCUUUGUCACUCUUCAUUAGCUGUCUUUAAAAAAGCUGGUUUUGGUUUGCUGUUAUCAUGGGUGUGAGGCAGCGAGCUCCAGCCACUAUUUGAGGCUGACCUUUGGUGACCAUGCAAUGUCUGGUGCUCUAAAUUCCUGGGUCACAGAUAUCUGGGAUAAGAAAGUGUCCAUCACACUCUGAUGCGUUUCAGAAGCAACGUGCCUAGCCCUAGCAGUGCAACAUCACCAUGGUUCCUACUAUAAAACAUGAGGAAGCUGCCAGGAUAAUAAGCAGAUAUUUCUAGCUCUCGUAAAAAGUGCUGCCGUCAUGAUUUACGGCUCCUGCACAGCACCUAGGACUAAUACAGAAACGUCACUAGAAUUAACAGAUUUCUCAGCAGAGAAGGAAAUUUGUGGGUUUUACUGUCAAAUCACUCACUCUCUUUUCGCAGAAAUUCUAACCUAACACCUGGCUUAUCCUAUUUGAAUUUGGAAAUGGCUUUGAACUUCGGACUGUUACUGGGAUCCCACUCUGACUUACCUCUCUGUUCCUUUGUCUUUGUGAUCUCCCUUUGCAAGAAAUCAGACAAGACACAAAGGGCAGUGUAAAUAACAGGCAGAGUUUAUGACAGAAUACUGUGAGGCACUCUCUAGUAGUGGUCCAAAGGCAUCGUUGUGGAGCAAAGCACUCUUCAUGGGGUAAGAGUGGACCAUGGUCAGAGACAACUGUGCCCAUGCGUGGAGGCAGCUGUCAUGUAUAGUGUUUUCUAAUUUUCCUGGAAGUGCUGUGAUGAGUAGCUCCUUAUCCAGGUGACUGACAGACCCAUUUGGAUCAAAUCUAAAGGGAAAGGACAGUGGUAAAUCUGUUCUACAACAGAAAGCCUCCUGCUUAAUAGUAAUCUUACAAUUUUCCUGGCAGCUUAGAAAGUCAUGUUUCACUCGGGCCCACUGAUACAGCUCAUUCUUUUGACCAAAAAUCGUGUAUCAAAGCAGAUUAAACCCACACCACCACCAAUAAAUACUAACAAAUAGAAUUUAAAAAUGACAUCUAUAGGGGCCAAGAUGGCGCCGAGCGCCGGGUGAGCGGCGCUUUGGCAGCGAGUCACCAUCUCUCCACCCUGGGGCACCAUCCUUCCAGGGAGGGGAGUUGGAAUUCCAGCAUGGCUGAGGAGAAGAAACUGAAACUCAGCAAUACUGUGCUGCCCUCCGAGUCCAUGAAAGUGGUGGCUGAAUCCAUGGGCAUUGCUCAGAUUCAGGAAGAAACCCGCCAGCUGCUGACAGAUGAAGUCAGCUACCGCAUCAAGGAGAUUGCACGGGAUACUUUGAAGUUCAUGCACAUGGGGAAGCGACAGAAGCUCACCACCAGUGACAUUGACUAUGCACUGAAGCUAAAGAAUGUAGAGCCACUGUAUGGCUUCCACGCUCAGGAGUUCAUCCCUUUCCGAUUCGCCUCUGGUGGGGGCCGGGAGCUCUACUUCUAUGAAGAGAAGGAAGUAGACCUGAGUGAUAUCAUCAACACCCCUCUGCCACGGGUGCCCCUGGAUGUCUGCCUCAAAGCUCAUUGGCUGAGCAUUGAAGGCUGCCAGCCAGCUAUACCGGAGAAUCCACCCCCAGCUCCCAAAGAACAGCAGAAGGCUGAGGCCACAGAACCCCUGAAGUCAGCAAAGCCAGGCCAGGAGGAAGAUGGACCCCUGAAAGGCAAAGGUCAAGGAGCAUCCACGGCCGAUGGUAAAGGGAAAGAGAAGAAAGCGCCUCCCCUGCUGGAAGGGGCCCGUUUCCGCUUGAAACCCCGCAGCAUCCACGAACUGUCUGUGGAGCAGCAGCUGUACUACAAAGAGAUCACAGAAGCCUGCGUGGGGUCCUGUGAGGCCAAGAGAGCGGAAGCUCUGCAGAGCAUUGCCACGGACCCAGGGCUCUAUCAGAUGCUGCCACGGUUCAGUACCUUCAUCUCAGAGGGGGUCCGUGUGAAUGUGGUUCAGAAUAAUCUGGCCCUGCUCAUCUACCUAAUGCGCAUGGUGAAGGCGCUGAUGGACAACCCCACACUCUAUCUAGAGAAAUAUGUGCACGAAUUGAUCCCAGCAGUGAUGACCUGCAUUGUCAGCAGACAGCUGUGCCUGCGGCCAGAUGUGGACAAUCACUGGGCACUCCGGGACUUUGCUGCCCGCCUGGUGGCCCAGAUCUGCAAGCAUUUCAGCACAACUACCAACAACAUCCAGUCUCGAAUCACUAAGACCUUCACCAAGAGCUGGGUAGAUGAAAAGACGCCCUGGACAACUCGUUAUGGCUCCAUUGCAGGCCUCGCAGAGCUGGGACACGAUGUGAUUAAGACUCUGAUUCUGCCAAGGCUGCAGCAGGAAGGGGAGCGGAUCCGCAGUGUCCUGGACGGGCCUGUGCUGAGCAACAUUGACCGCAUUGGAGCAGACCAUGUGCAGAGCCUUCUCCUGAAACACUGUGCCCCAGUACUGGCAAAGCUGCGGCCACCACCUGACAAUCAGGAUGCCUACCGGGGAGAAUUUGGGUCCCUUGGGCCCCUUCUCUGCUCCCAUGUGGUGAAGGCUCGAGCUCAGGCUGCUCUACAGGCUCAGCAGGUCAACAGAACCACACUCACCAUCACACAGCCUCGGCCCACACUGACCCUCUCACAGGCCCCUCAGCCUGGCCCUCGAACCCCUGGCUUGCUGAAGGUCCCUGGUUCUAUCGCUUUGCCUGUCCAGACACUGGUGUCUGCACGAGCUGCUGCCCCGCCUCAGCCUUCCCCUCCUCCAACAAAAUUUAUUGUAAUGUCCUCGUCUUCCAGUGCCUCAUCCACCCAGCAGGUCCUAUCCCUCAGCACCUCAGCUCCUGGCUCAGGCUCCACCACUACCUCUCCUGUUACCACCACAGUCCCCAGCGUGCAGCCUAUUGUUAAGCUGGUCUCCACUGCUACCACUGCACCCCCCAGCACAGCCCCCGCUGGUCCGGGCAGUGUUCAGAAAUACAUCGUGGUCUCCCUUCCCCCAUCAGGGGAGGGCAAAGGAGCCCCCGCCUCUCAUCCUUCUCCAGUCCCUCCCCCAUCCUCUUCACCAUCCCCACUUGGGGGCAGUGCCCUCUGUGGGGGGAAGCAGGAAGCCGGAGACAACCCCUGA